AUGUCUAACAUCACGGCGGUAACAGAAUUCCUCCUCCAGAGAUUCUCUGACAUCCGGGAGUUGCAGCUGAUCCACACUGCACUGUUCCUUCUGGUCUAUCUGGCAGCCCUGUUGGGGAAUCUCCUCAUCAUUGCCGUCACCACCGUUGACCGGCACUUGCACACCCCCAUGUACUUCUUCCUGAAGAACCUGUCUGUUAUUGACCUCGGCUACAUCUCCGUCACAGUCCCCAAAUCCAUCCUCAAUUCCCUCACGAAUGUCAACUCCAUCUCUCUGCUGGGCUGCGCUGCCCAGGUAUUCCUUGUAUUUUUAUUCGGUGGAUCAGAGUUGGCCCUGCUCACGGUGAUGUCCCACGACCGCUAUGUUGCCAUCUGUCGC